GCAGUCCAAUCCAUCAAGUAGCGUCCCCCUCCUCUACUCUCUUUGAUGUCUGGACAUCCAGCAAAUCUACAAGAUUCUACUCCAGAAACGCUUUCAGUAUCUCUUGGCUGCGAAAAGUUUACUUUAGUUUAGAGGAUCAUCCAGUGAGAGCGCUUUCCCUUCUGUCAGGAGCUUAUGCUUCGCUGAAUGGUCUCCUCCCUUGGACUUGGUCGAGUUUUAAUGUACAAGUUUCACUCUUAGGUCUGCUCCGUUUGCUGAAAGCUGUCUGUUCAAUGUGGCUCAUAAAUCUCUGGGCAGGACAAAAUUUCAGUGCAUAGUGUUCGUUACAACAUCCAUAGAGGUCUUGGAUAGUUGAACAGCGAGAAUUUUGAAACACCACCGCGGUACUUUUAGGCGCUCGAGCGUCAGUGAGAUGCAUGCAGCAGUACCGAAGUGACGUGCACUGCAUUUUGAUUAUUGUGCAGAUCAUAUAGAACGUCCUUCAGCUUCUUCGUUCUGUAUUGACUUCGAGGAGCUAUGGUUCCCCAGAGAGACUCAGUCGAUGGAGACGCCUCUAGUUCCGUGCAUGUGCAAGAAGUGCCCGUGCACAAUGUGGCCGGGCCUACUGUGGACUCGGAAUUCGAAGCCAGGGAUCUAUGGGGCAAGCCGUUCUCACUGCCAGUAGAUUCCGAACACAAAGCCAAGAAACUGAAGCUGCACUCGUUUGCUGCACCUCACAUGAGAACUUUCCACUUGUCCUGGAUUUCUUUCUGCACGUGCUUCUUCUCCACAUUCGCUGCCCCUCCUCUGAUGCCGGUGAUUCGGGACAACCUGAAUCUGAACAAGGCAGACAUCGCCAAUGCUGGAAUUGCCUCUGUCUCGGGCUCCAUCAUUUCCCGGCUGCUAAUGGGCACCAUCUGUGAUUUAGCCGGGCCAAGAUAUGGUUGUGCGAUCCUCAUCAUGGUCACGGCCCCGGCUGUGUUCUGCAUGCCCGUCGUCGGGACUGCCGACGGCUUCAUCCUGGUGCGAUUUUUCAUCAGCUUCGCGCUGGCCACUUUCGUCUCCUGCCAGUUCUGGAUGAGCUCCAUGUUCAACAGCAAAAUCGUGGGCUUUGCAAAUGGCCUGGCUGCUGGAUGGGGCAACCUCGGAGGUGGCAUUACUCAGCUCAUCAUGCCUCUGGUCUACAACCUCAUUCGGCGACACUUUGGAGCUGAAGACUACGUCGCUUGGAGGCUGGCUUUCUUCCUACCGGGGGUCAUGCACAUCGUCAUGGGCCUUCUCGUCCUCAUGCUCGGCCGUGACCUGCCGGAUGGAAACUACAGCCAGCUCCAAAGGUCUGGAGACAAAGUGAGCGACAGCUUCAGCAAGGUGCUUUAUUAUGGGGUGACGAAUUACAGGAUGUACAUAUUUGCGUUGACCUACGGCUUCUGCUUGGGGGUGGAGCUGACAGUGGACAAUAUCAUCGCCGAGUAUUUCUACGAUCGCUUUGAUGUGAACCUCCACACAGCUGGAAUCAUCGCCUCCACUUUCGGUUUGAUGAACCUCGUUGCCCGGCCUCUGGGAGGUGUGAUGUCCGAUGUGACGGCUCUGAGGUUCGGAAUGAGAGGGCGGCUGUGGAGUCUGUGGAUCAUCCAGACGCUCGGGGGAGUUCUGUGCAUUGUCCUGGGAAUCACUCACCAGCUGGUGUCGUCCAUCGUCGUGAUGCUGGUCUUCUCCUUCUUCGUGCAAGCAGCUUGCGGAGCAACGUUCGGAAUCAUUCCUUUCAUCUCUCGGAGAUCGCUGGGAGUGGUGUCGGGAGCGACUGGAGCUGGAGGAAAUGUCGGGUCCAUUUUGACUCAGCUUCUGUUCUUCACCAGCUCCAAGUACACCACAGAGAGUGGCAUCAAGCUCAUGGGAGUCAUGACGGUAGCUUGCACUGCUGUGCUGGUUUUCACCUACUUUCCCCAAUGGGGAGGCAUGCUCUGCCCUCCCACUAAAGCCACGGAAGCCGAUUACUACACGAGCGAGUGGUCUCCGCAAGAGCAGGCUGCUGGCCUCCACCUUUCGAGCCUCAAAUUCGCUGAAAAUGCCAAGUCCGAGAGGGGUAAAUCGAGAGUUGCAUCUGCAGUCUCUGUCACCAACCUCUGAGCUCAGAGCGCCAUGCGGCGUCCACCUAUGAUCGACUGGCAGACUGCAAUUGUUUUAAAAGCUGCCACCCUUGGAAUUGCUAGCUUCACAAGAGCGAGCAAUCAGGUGUCGAAAAGCUCAAGUCUACAAACGGUUGAACCAUCUAGAAUUACACAAGCAAGCAUACAAUGAAUAAAUCACUCAAGCAGAAUUAGAUUUCGAGUAGGAAUAACGACCCGAAAUGCUUUAAUAUAUGCUUCAGCCCAAGCAGGAGAAGAAUGCUCGACACUUGUACAACUUCCAGCCUUCGAUCCUCGUACACAGUGCAGAGCAAUACAACAGAGCUCUCCAUGCCAUAUAGGCAAUCCGACUCAAAUUCAGCAGUGGGAGUAUGAGCAGGUUUCUUUUGCGACCGGCUAAGACAUCAACAAGCUCGGAAGCUUAGGGUAGAUGAAAUCGAUCCGACGUUUUCCGAAGCAAGCUCCUAAAUAUUAUGCUGGCGAAGCAAGCUUCAAAGUACAACAGCUGACUGGUGAACAAUAUCGAGCAAAGUUUGCAAACCUAAGCAAUAGUAGAUCCCCUGUUCUCAACCUCAUACUUCCUUCAGUCUCACUUUAGUUAGACAUAAGUACUCAUCCGAUCAGGUUGAAGGGCAAAACGAAGUAGGUCGGCUGAUGGUGAUCACGACCUCUCCACUUCAUAAAGCCUUUCGUUACGACACUGAGUUCAGGCAGCCCUGCAGGCUGGAACGUGCUUCACGGUCAGCCGAGUGGCCGACCAUCGUGCUGUAAUUCUCUCGAGCUACAUACGACGACCGUAGUCUGAUAUACAGUAGCUCCCACCCCUGUCUUUGCUCUCCAGGAACGCAAAUUGCCUCCAUCUCCAACAUAUCUCUACUACCAUGUCUGCUUGGGGCUUCGAAAUCCACAUACUGUGGUGUGCUUGUUGAUACUAUUUCGAGCAUGAGGACCGUCGAAGUAGAGCUAAAAUAUAGACUAAAGUUCUCGCAAUUGAUUUUGAUACCAAAUCAAUCCCUGAUGCACGUGAAUGUGCUCACACCUUCGGUUGCUACUUCCCACGUGCCGUUUGCUUUUCGACGAUGGCUUUCUCUCAGCCCUGUUACAAGUUUCCAAUAAUAGUGGCACGAGUAAAUUAUCAAUAUUUUGACCUCUGAGUCCGCAUGACUGUGCAAUCGGAUUGUCCUGUCAUUGAGGGGAGGAGAUUCCACUCUCCUACUCUCAAAUGUAUGAUGCCUGCUUAGAUAGAUAGAUAGCUGCUGAAGUCGGUCUGCUUAAGUAGCCAUAGUCUUCAAGAAAUUGCGGAGGAGGGCCUCUAGAAAUUUCGCUUCUAUUUCACUUUGUAAUAUGUACGGCUUGACUGAUUCCACGAGCUUAAAGUCUUAAGCGCAUGUAACUGGUCCAUGACCCGUUUGGACCC